CUCAAUUUCUUCUUGGGACUUUGGGUGUGGAAGUAUGGCCCUAUCUUUGAGUUCAAAUGUAAUUUUUUCUCUUGGCCUAUAUAUUUUCAACCUUUUGUUUGAAUGUUUGAACUUUAGAUUUGAAUUCUCUUGUCUUUAACUAUUUAUAUAAAAAUAAUGCUCAAGUUUCCACAAGUCAUUGCAAAUCUUUCUCGCAAAACUUUGAUGUUGAUAUCUUGGCGUAUUUCCUGGAGAAACACAUUCUAGGGAAACUCAAACUUAGAUUGAGUUUCUAAGCUUCUUUGAAGGGGGCCGUGCAAGAAGGGAAAAAGAAGAGAAUAUGGAUGGAAACUUUCAUUGGGAUAUGAAGAGCAAAGUGAUAGCAAGAACAUCUUCAAUAGGUUGUUCUUCUCGCAGCACUUAUUACUGUGGAGCAGCUGAAGGAGUCCCUUUCAAAUGGGAAACACAGCCAGGAACCCCCAAAGAUCCACCCCCUCAAGACUUGCUUCCACCCCUCAGCCCUCCACCAGCAGUUCUCAGCCUCGGGUUACCGCUACCGUGCAUUGAGAAACCAAAAACCCGACCCCGACCCACGAUGAAGCUUAGGUUCUGGAGGAGGGUCAAGAAGAGUAGGGAUGAUGGGAGAGCUGCUCAAGCAACAACUAUAGACUAUAGCAAUGGUAAGUUGGAAACAUUUUCAUUUCUCAGCUCUGACUGUGAGUUCAUGGCUUCUCCUCGAGAUUCAAUGUCGUCGUCGUCGUCGUCGUCUUCUUCUUCAUCUCCGUCGUCUCUCAUCGAGUCGUUAACUGUACGACAUAUGGGGAGGGUGUCACUUGGAAGACCUUCUAGUUGCGGUACUGCUGGAAAAAUUCAUAGAAUUCUGGCUUGUUACCAUUGAUAGGGGAUUCUUCUUUUCUAUUUCUUUUUAAUGAUUUUCUAAUUUGUUCGAA